AUGAAGGAGAGGGGAGCCAUGAAGGAGAGGGGAGCCAUGAAGGAGAGGGGAUCUAUGAAGGAGAGGGGAGCCAUGAAGGAGAGGGGAGCCAUGAAAGAGAGGGGAGCCAUGAAAGAGAGGGGAGCCAUGAAGGAGAGGGGAGCCAUGAAGGAGAGGGGAGCCAUGAAGGAGAGGGGAGCCAUGAAGGAGAGGGGAGCCAUGAAGGAGAGGGGAGCCAUGAAGGAGAGGGGAGCUAUGAAGGAGAGGGGAGCCAUGAAGGAGAGGGGAGCCAUGAAGGAGAGGGGAGCUAUGAAGGAGAGGGGAGCCAUGAAGGAGAGGGGAGCCAUGAAGGAGAGGGGAGCCAUGAAGGAGAGGGGAGCCAUGAAGGAGGGGAGCCAUGAAAGAGAGGGGAACCAUGAAAGAGAGGGGAGCCAUGAAAGAGAGGGGAACCAUGAAAGAGAGGGGAGCCAUGAAAGAGAGGGGAGCCAUGAAAGAGAGGGGAGCCAUGAAAGAGAGGGGAACCAUGAAGGAGAGGGGAACCAUGAAGGAGAGGGGAACCAUGAAGGAGAGGGGAGCCAUGAAAGAGAGGGGAGCCAUGAAAGAGAGGGGAACCAUAAAAGCAGAGGGGUGCCAUGA